AUGGGAUACCACGACGAUGGCACCGAAUCAUACUACGGGGACGAGCCAGAUGGCGAGGAUCCCCGAGGAAACAGGACAAGUGACUUCGACAGUGACUUUCGAGCGUAUCAUGGAACUUCGAGGGCCUCCCAUUCUAACAGAAAUAGGACGCGAAAGGUCUCUAGACGAGGCCCUCCCGAUUCAUCCACCGCGAGAACCUUCACCAGGGGCACCCCUGAUCGACGAGCUACUGAUCCAACCCCAGGAAGAAAGGCUACUGUGGAGGAUCCCUUAGAGCACCUGAAAGAAUCAAAAUGGGCAGCGAUAGCAAAUCGACAUAUCGAUCUACCGCCUCCUGAUCAGCACCAGUCGUCAUUGUCUGCCAGAUCAAGUUUCAAGACUAGAGGAGAUGGCUCACGUGUCGCUACAAUCGGAGUUCAUCGCGAAGCAGAUGCCAAGUUGGUGAUCGAGCUAGACGAGGAAACCUUCACCGUGGGUCUGGAUGGUCGUUCGAGAUGCUUCACGGUGCCAUGCACUACGUUGGUAUAUCAGAUGAACACAAGGGUAACGUACGAUACAAGUAGUCGAUCCGCAGAAGAGGAGGACCAAUGGUUGGCAAAUCUGAAUGUUUUCCAAGUAUUAGACAAAAUGUAUCCCCGAAUACCGCAAAUAAUCAAAGAAAAAAUGUCUGAAGACGCUAUUGAACAAGCGCUUGGAUGGCGAGAUGAGGUCAUCCCAGCACCGCUCGAUCCUACCCUGCUCAAAACGAUUCUGGUCGCUACCCUGAGUACUGCCCCCCACCAAGCAGCGGCUUCCCUCCUUGGGCUGAAAUCGGGUGUCAACGGGCCAGAACAAUGGGAAGUUGUUUCUUAUGUCCCAGUUGUCGUCCACCAGGCUGCCCGGGCUGCUGGUGAAUUUGUCCGUAUUUUGUGGUAG